AGAAAUUCGAAUGUCGAUAGAGAGAGAGUGGUGUGUAUUUACAAGAUUCUGUAACUUUUAUUAUUUUCUUUAUUUGAGAGGUAAAUAAAUAAAAUAGAAUCCAAACAGGCCCUUAAAAAAGUUUUCCCCCAUUAAAAGCAGGACCUCCCGCAAUAGAACAACACACGAAUCAGACGGCCCAUAUUGAAUCUUGGUUCCAAAUUUCACUCUUUUCCUCUAAAACGCAUUUUAUCGCUUUUUUUUCCCUCAUUAAACUUUUCAUUCAUUCUCAGACUCUCUCUCUCUCUCUCGCUUGACCUACACCGAUUAUCGAAUCGUCUCGUCAAGAACCGUUUUUUCUCAUUGUUUUUCUUUUAGUUGGAGAUCUCAGAUCUUUUCUCUUUGUUUGUUUCGAUAGAUUUUUUGUGAAGGAGGAAGAAAAAAUGGCGGUUUCUGCGCGUGAGGAGUUCGUGUACAUGGCCAAGCUCGCCGAGCAAGCGGAGAGGUACGAGGAGAUGGUAGAGUUCAUGGAGAAAGUCUCCGCCGCCGUAGACGGCGAUGAGCUCACUGUCGAAGAGCGAAAUCUCCUCUCCGUCGCUUACAAGAACGUGAUUGGCGCUCGCCGUGCCUCGUGGCGGAUCAUCUCUUCGAUCGAACAGAAGGAGGAGAGCCGCGGAAACGACGACCACGUGACGGCGAUCCGCGAUUACAGGUCUAAGAUCGAGACGGAGCUUUCCGGAAUCUGCGAGGGAAUCCUUAAGCUGCUCGAUUCCAGGCUCAUCCCCGCCGCUGCUUCCGGUGACUCAAAGGUCUUCUACCUGAAGAUGAAGGGCGAUUACCACAGGUACUUGGCCGAGUUCAAGACUGGCCAAGAGAGGAAAGACGCCGCCGAGCACACUCUCUCCGCCUACAAGUCUGCUCAGGAUAUUGCCAAUGCAGAGCUCGCUCCAACUCACCCUAUCCGUCUAGGUCUAGCAUUGAACUUCUCUGUGUUCUACUACGAGAUCCUCAAUUCUCCUGAUCGUGCCUGCAACCUCGCCAAACAGGCUUUCGAUGAAGCGAUUGCAGAAUUGGACACUCUAGGUGAAGAGUCCUACAAAGACAGCACCUUGAUCAUGCAGCUUCUCCGUGACAACCUCACGCUCUGGACAUCCGAUAUGCAGGACGAUGCUGCGGAGGAGAUCAAGGAAGCAUCUGCUCCAAAGCCAGCUGAGGAACAGCAGUAACAGUCUCCUGAGUGAACUGCUAGUUUCUAGGGUUUGGGAACUUCUUUCCUCUUUCGUCCAUAUGUGUUUGCUUAAGUCUUAAGUGGUCGCUUUGCCAUUUCGUCGCUCAUCUCCCAAAAAAGCCUGUUUAUUCAUAUCAUAUUUCUGGCUAGGCGAACCGUUGAAUCAUCAUUUUAUCUAUUUGCUUGAUUUCAUCGUCUCUUUUUUUUUGCUCUGCAUUUUUCUUUUUCUUUUUUGUUAUCGAUUUCAAUGUCUGCAACCGAACCUCGCAUUGUGUUUUCUCAUCAAUUUGAAGAAUCAUAAAAGGCUCCG